AUGUUGUCAACUUUGUAAACUAUAGGCUAACAUUUUCCUUCCUUAAUUUUGAUUGCUGAAAAUUAUGUGAUUUUCUCUAAGAUUCUUUGUGAAGAACUCGUUGAUUAUCUUGAAGCUGCCGAGCAAAUUCGCCGUGUUAGGCGAGAUUUCCGCAUCAAAGUUUUGAUGGUAUUGUGGAUACUUGCAACACCAGAUACCUUCAGAAGUGUCGCAUUACAAUUUGGUGUCCACCCAGGAGAAUUGUAUCGAUACUACACAAUGAUUAUUCGAGCCCUGUGCGCCCUCGGUGAGCACUAUAUCACCUGGCCAAAUGCCCGUGAGAGAAGGGAGAUAAAACAUAGACUAGAAGCUAUCUCUGGAUUCCCAGGUUGGUUUUUGUGCUAUUCUUAUUGUCCUCAAAUUUGGAAAAAAGCUUUAUACUCUUAAAUGAUUUUUGUUCUUAUCUUAGGUACUGUUGGUCUGAUGGAUGGUACUCACAUCAACAUUACUAGACCUUCUGAUGACCCUGCAGCAUUCAGGGACCGCCAUGCUAAUUACUCGAUAAAAGUUCAAGGGGUAUGUGACCACCAACUCCUCAUCAGAGAUCUGUACUUAGGAGAAGCUGGCAGCCUUCACGAUGCCAGAGUGUUUCGGAGAAGCCCAUUAUUCAGGAACAUUUUAUUCAGAGACCGUGAAAUGUUUUCUGAAGGAGAGCACAUUGUUGCUGAUUCGGCAUAUCCAAAUAUAGAUAGGGUCAUGACCCCUUUUGUCAACAAUGGCCAUCUGGCUCCAAACCAAAGACGCUAUAAUAGUUGCUUGUCCCGCAUAAGGGUUAAAAUUGAGCACACUUGGGGGCGACACACAAACCUCUGGAGAAGGAGUAAGAGGAUAGAGGUUUACAACAUGGACACAUGUGUUGACCAUCAAGCAGCUACCUAUGUUCUCCACAAUUUUCGCAUCAUUCAUGAUGAUAAUGUCCCUAUUAUGGAUGCAGAUGAUGUAGAGGAUGGUAUUCAACAAGACAUUGUCGAGAAUGAUGAUGACUACAUUGACAACGACCCACUGGUGCCUCAAGGAGAUGGACAACAGCUUUUCCGUCAAGCUCUCAUCCGAGGAGAACAGAAGAGAUGGAACAUUUGCAACGAGCUUGUGGGACAAGUGUAA